AAACUGUAUUGAUUUUGCAUAUUUUUCUGUUUUCCAUUAUUGUUUUAUUUUACAAAAUUAUCUAUUAAAAUCCAUUUAAAACCCUAGUUAAAUAUUAUAGAAUUAAGUGAAAAUCAUGGACAUAUCUAACUUAUGCCGUAGUUGUAUGAAAGAGGUAGCUUCUUGGGAGAAAGAGAACUUCGAUGGAAGAGCCGUGGAAAUGUUUUGUUUUUGUACGAAUAUUAAGAUAAUGGAAGAUAUAAAGCUACCGAAACAGUUCUGCUAUGAUUGCACUAUCAAAAUAGAGUCUUGCUACACAUUCAUAAAAGAAGCACAAAAUGUCAACAUAACUCUCAAAAACAUAGCUUCGAGAAGCGAAACAAGUAUCAUUAUUGAACCAGAUUCUCUAAAAAGUCACACAAUCGAACCAACUAAACUAAGAUUGACUUUACCAGACUAUAAACUGUCUAUUGGUGUUAGUAAUUAUGUUGAACAGGACAUUUAUGAAGAUACCGACUAUACACAUACCGAAACUGCAAUACUAACCAAUGAUAUGCAAAUUGCAUCAAAAGAAACUGCAAUAUCUUGCAAUUCUAAUAUUAAUAAGAGUAUAUCUAGAAAUAAUAAAAUAGAAAUAGACAACAUUAUUCAUAUUGAUAUGUUAAAAAGAGAUAGCAUGAAAGUUGAAAGUAUGAAUAGAAAUGAUAAUAUAAAAGUAGAUGAGUCAAAAAAAGAAAACACUGUAAAAUACAGUUUGCAAAAACGAGACGCCCCUAUUAAACUUAAUAUAUCAAAAAGAGAUAGCACUAUAAAAUUUGAUACUUCAAAAAGAGAUGGCACUAUAAAAGGUGAUGAAUCAAAACGAGAUAGCACUAUAGAUGACACAAACAAGAGUGUUUGUCCAGUUUGUAGGAAAGGGUUCACAUCUAAGAAGUGGUUUUCGAAGCACAUGGAGAAGGAACAUUCAGGGCAUAAGUACACUUGUGCACACUGUCCAAAAUCAUUCUCCAAACCGUUCCAAUUGGCGUACCAUGCAACAUCACACUCAGAUGAAAGGAAGUUUGCCUGCAACACCUGUGGGAAGUGCUUCAAGAGACGCAAACAGCUGGCGGAGCACGCUCGGGGACACUCUGACGUCAGGCCCUACGCUUGUGACAAAUGUGCCAUGAGGUUCAAACUGAAAAGCGUGCUGAAAUGUCAUAUGAAGGUACACGAAGAUGUCAAGCAGUACUUGUGUUCUUAUUGUGGAUGGGGCUUCAGCCAUGCCCACAACUUAGAGGUGCACGUGCGUACGCACACGGGUGCUAAACCGCACGCGUGUGCGGUUUGCGGUUUCCGUGCGGCGGCCGCGUCGUCGCUGCGGCGUCACGCGCGGCGCCACUCCGACACCCGUCUCUACGUGUGCAACCACUGCAGGAAGGCCUUCACAGACAAGAGCGGACUGGCUCGUCACACGCGUACACACACGGGCGAGUUGCCGUACAAGUGUCCGGGGUGCGCGCGCGCAUUCGCCGACAGCUGGAAGCGAAAGACGCACCUCAUGCGCGCGCACCGCCUCGCGCUUGCAGACAUCCCGCGCAUGCGCCGCGACGGACAAACACUCGUCGAUGGCGCGCGUCCUUAGAGUGCAUAUUCGUUGAAGCGGAGCGGAGAUGUGUUAGAAAAUUUUAAAAAAUCAAAUUAAUAUCGUAACAAUGUGGCCGCCAAACAGCCCAACUGAUUUGAAGCCGCCAUUUUUUAUCGAGGUGAUUCAAAGUACCAAAAUAAUGGCAUAGAUGAAAAGAUCUAUUUAUCUGAAUUAAAUACUUCCA